GCAGCGCCUGUCAGUACAGCCAAGGUGGUGCCACGGUGUGGUAUACGACGACGGUUGUGAUAUAUUUAGGUUGUGAAUUUUGUGUAAAUAAUCGAUACGACUAUUUGAUAUCCGAAACCGAAUAACUUCUCAAGUUAUCAUAGUAUUGUGCAAACAGGACUUCUUCAAGCAGUGUUGCCAUUUCAUCGAGACAGAAGCAGUUAUUUAAUUAAAACAAAUUUGAUCAAGAUGGUGAGGUGUAUGAUACGAUCCCAUAACCAGCAGUACAAGCUCGCCCCCAGAACUGAUGAUGCAGAAGACAUGUGUGGGGCGAAGCUGGAGCCAGAUCCUCGCUAUGAAGGAUGUUGCUCUAAUGUUUUUCGUCCUGGCCGAGUAGUGCGAGAUGUUAUCGUGGGGUUCCUGGUCGUUCUGGCUAUUGCUGUUGUCAUUGCUGUUCUGUUUGUUGUGUGCUACUACCUAUUACCAGAUAAUAAGGAAGGAGAGUCUGCUCUGAGUGUGGAAGAAGGAGCCUUUAUCGGGGCACCUGUCGAAGUAGAGUUAAAUCCAAAUACUGUAAGUGAAGUAGAAUUCACAGAUAACACCAGAUAUGACAUAGCCCCUGACUCAAUGCUUGAGAAGAUCAUCAAAGAUGGGGAUGCCCACUUGAAUACUGAGGACGAAAAAGAACAUCACCACAUGGGCCCUACUCCUUAUCCAGAGCCUGAACCCGAAUCUGAACCCAAAUCUGAGCCUGAGCCCGAGCCUGAAUCAGAACCCGAAUCUGAAUCGGAACCCGAGCCCAAAUCUGAGCAUGAGCCCAAACCUGAAUCUGAGCCUGAGCCCAAACCAGAAUCUGAACCUGAGCCAGACCAUAUCCAUGAGGAAGGUAAUGCAAGUCAUGACCACAUGCAUAAGGAAGGUGAUAUGGGCCAUGAGCAUAUGCAUAUAGGAGACAAUAUAGGCCAUGAACAUGUGCAUGAGGAAGGUGAAAUGCACCAAGAGCACGUGCACAAUGAAGGUGAUAUGCACCAUGAACAUGUUCAUGAGGAAGGUGGUAUGCACAUGGAACAUAUGCACAAAGCAGAUGAUAUGCAUCCUGAACAUUUACAUGAAGAAGGUGAUAUGCACCACAAACACACCCUUGAAGGUGAUAUGGAUCAUGUGCAUAAGGAAGGGGAUAUGGGUCAUGAUCAUAUGCAUUCAGAGGGAGAUAUGCCAGUGAAUAUAGGAGGAGAUGUAGGCCUUGAACUUGUACCUGAGGAAGGACGUGAACUAGAAGGUCCUAUUCCAGUAGUUGUUCCCUCAACUCCAUUUGAUACUGAAGGAACCUUGGAGGCAAUAUCUGCACCCUCCCCAGACAUCACCAACCCAACCAUGCCCACAGAGCACACUGUCAUCUCAGGGGAUGCUGAUGUUGGUACUGAAGUAGAGGUCAUGCCCUCAGAAUCUGAAAGCAAUGUGAUACCCUCAUUGCCAACCACAGUACAAGAGGAGCUGCAUGAAGAAAGUGGACUCUCUCCUCUUUUGGAUGCCUUCAGUCCCCAUCCUGAAACCCCCAUCUUCUUCCCAGAAGCUCUCCCCAAGGAACAAUCCACAGAGUUGCCGCAGGAAGAAGAGCUUGAAAGUACUCUAAAGGAAUUGCCAUUCCCAGAGGAGCCUACUGAAGAAGUAGAAAAGCCUACUUUGCCUGAAACUCUGUCCGAACAUCACUUCCCUAUUACAAAUGAAGAAGAAGCACCCAUUACGGAUGUACCUGUAGAAGAGCCAGCAACAAUUGAAGAAACACCAUUGGGUACCUGCCGACCCCGCCAGCUGGAGAUGUGUAGUAACCUAUCUUAUGCUCUUACUGCACUCCCUAACUGGGCCAAUGAUCAGAAUGAUGUUGACCUCAGGGAAGCUUCUCUCCCAUUCUUCCAAGAUGUGAUAGUAAGAUCCCGUUGCUCACCGAGGGCACAAGAAUAUGCCUGUGCCAUCCUGGAACCUCCCUGUACUCCUGAUGGGACAAUUUUGCCUCCCUGUAGGACCUUCUGUAGAUCUGUGGCCUCAACAUGCCAAGAAUUCGUCAUCUCAGGAGUUGGUUUAAGCGACGUAUUUAACUGUGAACGCUUCCCUCAUUCCACUGAUCCUGCUGUGUGCUUUGACAUGACCCAGGAACCUUGUGUUGGGCUGGAGCACCGCUGUGGAGAUGGGCGGUGUGUGGCGAAGAGACUUGUCUGUGAUGGAGUGUCAGACUGCCUUGACCACUCUGAUGAGGCAACAUGCCCUGGCCAGCUCCCAGCUCCGGGUGGCGUGGUGAGCGUCGGAGAUGUCAGCAUCCUUCCGCAGCUUCCCAGUGCCAACAUCCCUCAAGACACCCCCAUAGCUGAGGACUAUGCUACAGGAGGUGACAACUUCCCAAACGAAGAAUAUUCAGUUGCUGACUAUCCUGAUUAUGAAGUAGCUCGGGAUAUUCCGGUUACUGUAGAUUAUCCCAAUACUGGAUUUAAUCGACCAGCAGUUGAAUUUUCUUCUGCAACUGAGGACUACCCUGCUGUGUCAGAGGAUUAUCCAUCAAGAAGUUUAGACUAUCCUAAUUCAAAUGUUGAUUAUCCUGCUGAAACUCAACCCUUGGCAAGUGAACAUACUGAGUUCUUUGAUGAAGGGGAAGCAACAGCAGCUGAUGUACACACUGACUUUUUUGCACAGGAAACUAUUAAUUCCACUGAAAGUCUCCCAGGGGAAGCCACUCAGAACUUUGGUUCUGGUGGAGAUUUUGCCCCACCUACUUCCCCUCAAAUACUUUGUGACCACGACAAGUUCCAGUGUCAGGAUGGCUCAGACUGUGUAGCCAUGGCAGCUGUGUGUGAUGGUAUCCAGCAGUGUCGUGACAGUUCUGAUGAGUUUAAUUGCACACACAUUGGAUGCAACUAUGGUGACUUCCGGUGUGCCACAACGGAGUUAUGUAUCCCAGUGUCUUGGAUAUGUGACGGUGCUGAUGACUGCCAUGACAACAGUGACGAGACUAAUUGCGACACAGAACAUCCAACAGCAACCUACACUACCCCAGCUGGAGAGCAUCUUGAAGCUCUUGCACCCUUAGGACAAUUUCCACUCCCAGGCGGUCACUUGCAAAAUGUGUUCCAAGAGGGAGUAGCUUCAGGAACUGAAGAAAAUUUCAGUAAUUUUGAAAAGUCAAUAGCAAAUGGAGAUGAGCCUGUCAGCGGCCAAUAUGAUAAUGCUGAUAUUCUUUCUGAAGACUUUUCAGAUAUAGCUCAAAAUGACAAUAAUGUUGUGAAUGGACCCCAUUUUAGAGAACAUGCAAGAGAACUAUUUUCUGCAGAUACUAUCAAGACAGAACACAUUCCAUCACAAGAGGCACUUGUUGGACCACCACCUGCUUUAGAAAGGAAUCCAAAUCCUUUAGGCAAUGGAGGACAAUUACAACCAUAUUCUGAAGAGAGUAAAAUAAACCAGCAGCAGUUUUCUGAGGAGAUGACUUAUUUAGAUGAAGCCAUUCCCUAUACACCUGCACAACAUCCAGAGGACCAUAUAGCAGCACCACCAAACCAGCCAUACUACGAUGAACAACGGCAGGACUAUGAGCCACAACCUUCACACCACAUUUCUGAGAUUCAACCAUCUUUCACAGAGCAGUUUCCAAAUUAUCAAGAUGGCCUUUCAUCAUCUUUAAAGCAACCUUUUUCUUUCUCAGAAAACCCAAUAGAAAAUGAAGGUAAUGACCAAUUUCCAUCACCUCAGGAAUCCCUGUUAUUCUCUCAAGAAAACCCCCAAAUUUACUCAGAAGCCCCUAUACAGACAGGUUAUCAAGAAUCUCUACCAUCUGGAACAGAAGGUUUCCAAACAUUUUCUAAUGAAAAUGGCCCUCAAUCUUUCCUAGAGGAGCAGUCACCACGAGAAGCACUGCAAACACACCAUGAGCAACAACCUCAACAAAGUAAUUAUCAGUCCUCUCUGGAGCAAGAACCUGCAGAAAUUGAAAGUCGUCAAGAUGACGGUUAUUUGCAGCAAGGUGGUGCCCAACCUUUGGACAAAAUAGAAAAACCAGAAGAAUCACAUCAGCAUUAUCCAGAACAAAUUUUUGAAGAAACUGAAAGAGAAAAACCAUCAAACACGGAUGAAACCAACUCAGUCAGUGACUAUUUAAUACCAAAUUUAGGGAGCCAAGGUACAAAUGAAGGGUCUUUAGAAGAACUGGAAACUAAUCUAAAAGAAAUUGAUUUUACAGUACCUGUUACAAAUGUUCCAGAACAAACAGCAGAAUUUGAUCGACCAACAAGAGUCAGGGGUAGCUCUCGCUUCUCCAAUAUCCGCCGCCCCUUUUCCCGCAGCCCUACAGUCUCUCCUAAUACUAAUUCACCUACAUCUUCUCCAACUGAGUCAACAUCAAGCUCUGGAAAUUUCAGAUCUCGUUUCCAGCAAUGGCGUUCUUCUCGAAUCCCAUCAGCACCAACUCAUGAAGCAUUUCGGACAAAAGGUUUUAGGGGACGUCACCGUAAUACUCCAGUUACAUCGGACACAAACGGUGUAGAUGAGAAAGAAAUAGCAGAUGAUGGCAAGACUCCAUCAAGUUUAAGAAUCCCAACCCAGCAAUCUGUGGCUCCUGAACGAAUAUCUCGUCGACGUCCAACAAUAAGGACCUCAAGAUUAUCCUCUACCCUAAACUUCUUUCCCCGAGAGGAAUUUCUCAAAGAAGGCAUAAAUUCUGACACAGAUACUGAAGUAGAUUCAGCAGUACCUGACAGUGAGCCUGCAUCAUCUGCCAUUACUCCAGUCAUUGUUCAGAAACCUUUGUCCUAUUCAGUCCAACCUUACUCCUCUCAUUCUGCAGACUACCAUAUAUAUAACCCCUAUGAGGAGACCUUAGAUGCUGAGCAAGAAUAUGACCCUAGUUUAGUGACCUAUGACUUCGAACAUGACCCAAAUAGAAGGUCACUUCAAUUCAGUCGGGACUCAGGAUAUGACUUGACAAUAGAUUAUUCUCCAGUAUACCUCCCAUAUACACCAAAUCAGUACUCACAAGGUAACACACAAAAAUAAACGAGGAAAAUCUGCCAUAUCUCGCCGCACUCAUUCACAGCUCAACACAUCAGCAAUACCGCUUUCAACUCCUAUAGAAACCCAAACUCCCUUCUCCAGCGAUGUUGCCAGUGACAUAACUUCUGUACCUGAGGAAG